AUGGCGAACCACCGGCAAACGGCCUGGAUGCUGCUGCUGGUAGCGAUCCUGGCCGGGACCACCGCGUCCGUAAAUGGGUUAAGUUCAACAGGUGAAAGAGAGAGCCGGAAACUUUUCGGUGGCUACCGAAUUACGCCAAAGUUCUGCAAUGCUACGAGGUCACUGCUGAAACGUGAGCCAGAACGGCGUGGCCCAACGAUCUGCAUGUUCAAUCACGAGUGCUUUCAGCGACAGGGUGAGGUCGUGGGCGCUUGCAUGGACGGGUUCCUGUUCGGGACGUGCUGUGAGCUGCCACUGACGAAGGACACGCUAGCAACCGAUCCGCUGAUGGAGCAAAUCAACACAACCGAACAGGCGGGCCAGUCUUCGCUCAGUUCGGCCAUCGCGAGUCAGUACGAGAAGUUUGGCAGUCAGAUUGGCGGUGGUGGGUAUGGCGCGGAAGCCCUGGACGCGGACGCCCCGCUUAAGCAGGACUCGCUCGAGACAGACACAAGUGGGGGCUACGUGGUGAGCAGCGAGAAGAUCAAACCACCGUACACAAAGAUCCAGAACAACAACUACAUCGUGAAUGACGAUCUGGAUGAGGAUAUUGUGCUGAAUAGCAUCAGCGCGAACAAGUACGACGUGGCGAGUGAUGCCGUGUCGGUGUAUUCACCCUCCACGAACAAGGUGAAGACGGAAAGUGACGAGGUGGGUUCGUCCUCACUAGGCUACCCAUCAUCAACGACGGAAUCCUCCGAAAGUCUGUACGUGAAAGUGGACAAGGAUGGUGUAUACAGCGCAGAGAUCCCAUCGCUACUGAGCGCUUACGGUGACGCUGGCUCAGGUGAAUCUGGCACAGGGUCUGCGCCCGGUUCAGCUUCUGCUGGUUCCACGGAGACAAGCACCGACAUCACGGCUACCGGUGUACAGCAAAUCGCGAACCAGAUCUUCCAGGAGAACAGUCAGUUCUUCGAUCACAGUGACAUCACGCACCCAGCCAUUGAGACGGAUUUGUUGAACGAGCACGGUUCGCUCGACCAGAGCUACGCCAAUCCGAACGACUUCUCGGGUGUUCCGCAAGCAUCCCCGGUAGCACCGGCUUCUGGAACGUCCCUACCGACGGCCAAACCCGUCAAGGUGACCUACGCAAAGCCUCAGUUCAAACCACGCCCGAAACCAACUCCGGCCGCGACGAAUGAUGGCGCUCAGUACGUACUUGUGCAGACGAUCACGAACGAUACGAAGAACAACAACACCCAGUCAAAACCGACUGUUUCGAUGAACAACAUCCCUUCGAUCGAGUCCAUCAUCCUGAUGCUGAACGACUCGAGUGUGGGUCCACAGUACGAAACGGACGGUGCAAACGCCACAAAGGCACCUCAAUUCGAAGCGGUCACCGUGGCGUCUACCUAUGGCACAUCUGCGAUCGACUACGAUCGAUACGGACCUACCAGCUUCUACAUCACGAAGCCCCAGAAAACGAACCCACCGGGUGAUGUGACACACACCACGAGUAACGUACCUUCGACGAGCUACGUCUACAGCCCGAAACCCACAAAAAGGCCCACGUUAGCACCAGUCGUCGUGCAAGCGACUCUUCUCACAAACAGCGCCAUCAGCUACGGUGGAGGAGCUUCCGGUGAUGCACAACCAUCGUCCACACACCGACCUCCACCGACGAAGAUCAUCGUGACAGCUAGCAGCAGUACGUCUAAGAGACCGAUCCUCAUCACGACGGACACACUGGCCAAUGGAGGCUACUACACUGGCCCAACUCGUCCCGGUUCGACCGUGGCCGUUUCAUCCGUACAGCCGACGAAAAAGAUCACGACGAUCGCGACCAAACGACCGGGUGGAACGACGAUCAAGCUGCCGGAGUACAUCGUGCAGUCAUCGACACUCUCCCACCAGAAUCCAUCCACCCUGGCUAACGUCAACUACGUGCAGAUCGCGAGUGCCUCCGAUAGCCCAUCACCUACGGUACACAUCACGCCAAAGCCCGUCGUUGGGUUAGUUACGUCCUCCACGUGGAACGGUCCCAACAGCAACAAGCUAAGCUCUGUGCCUGCUCCAAGCAGCUCACGACCGGGUUUCUACGAAAACACACCUCCAGUGUACCUGUCCUCGAUGGCUGACUUUGCGGAUGAGGGAUAUUUCGGGUCAACGAGUCGUCCGGCGUUGGAUCAAACCGUCUCCUCAACCGCGAUCUACACGAUCGUGGACGGUGGCAACAAGAUCGGUGCCAACUAUGGUGGUAGUUCGUCUACGUACGCGGCUCCAUAUGGACCGACAGCAUCGUAUGGUUCGACGGCUUCCUAUCCGUUGUUGAACCGCGUGCCAGCGAACCAAGGACCAAGCUUGCAGACGUACGGACCUCCAGCGGUUGUGGAGACGUCGACGCUGAAAAACGAGCUGUACACCACGCCAGAUGACAUCAACAACUUCCCACCGGUUCGCAACCCGAAUCUAAAUCUCACGGACGCGACUGGUACUACCAAUGUGACAAAGCUCACUGGUGGCCAUUACGGUGCACCAGCCAGCGAGGAAGAUAAAGUGAACAUGCUCGUGAACAAGAUCGUGCAGACGUUCAACGGUAACUUCGAGGAGCUGGAGCAGAUCCUGAAGGAGCGUAAGAACCUCACUUCGACGACUGCAUCCAUGACGGUGUCUAGCGCCAGCGAUCAGGGAAGUUCAGGACCAACCUCCAGCACGACGCCAAAGCCCAAGAAGAAGAAGAAGCGCCCGAGUGGCAAUCGCAAGCCAACGAAUGGCACCAGCACUACGAAGAAGCCCUCGAGUACGACCAAACCGACUCCACUGGCCGAUGAAGGACUGGCGAGUAAUGCCACCUCAGUGAAACCUUCGUCACGCCCAUCCAAGAAACCCACGAAGGUGCGUCGUCCUAGCAACUCCACUAAACCAGCCUCCAAACCAACGCCUGCUAGCGUGACGAACCUAAGCAAACCGACCGCAAGCGAUACGCCCGUAAAACCGGCUAAACCAUCGACGAAACCAAAACCAUCGACGGCCGCAGCAAGCAGCGUCUCCUCGAAGCCCACGAAACCACCGGCCGCAAAACCACCGGCCACCAGCACCACGAAGAAGCCGGUACGUACCUCCACGACGAAGAAACCGACACGUAAACCCAGCCCGCGACCUACGCUGGCCGAUGCCGACCUAACAACGACCCAGCUGACGACGACACGCCGACCCACCAAGGUCACGAAGCGCCCCACCAAACGCCCUGCCUCGACGACGACCACCACGACCGCCGCACCCGAGGACGAGACGAUCGACGAGGAGGAGAACGCCGUCGACGGUGAGGAGGAGGAUGAGGACGAGGACGAGGACGUUGGUGAGGAGACGAACGAGACGGCGGGGCAGCAGCCGGCUGGAGCGCGAAAAAUCCUUUGUGGCCAGCGGCCGUUGAUGAAGAGCGGACGCGUAGUGGGCGGUAAGGCGUCCAAGUUCGGCGAGUGGCCCUGGCAGGUCCUGGUCCGCGAGUCCACCUGGCUUGGGCUAUUUACGAAGAACAAGUGCGGUGGAGUGUUGAUCACGAACGAGUACGUCAUCACAGCCGCGCACUGUCAACCCGGCUUCCUCGCUUCGCUUGUGGCCGUGUUCGGAGAGUUCGACAUCUCGAGCGACCUGGAGACGAAGCGGUCCGUCACGAAGAACGUGAAACGUGUCAUCGUUCACCGGCAGUACGAUGCGGCUACCUUCGAGAACGACCUGGCCAUCCUGGAGCUGGAGAACCCCAUCCAUUACGACGUCCACAUAGUGCCAAUCUGUAUGCCGGGCGAUGAAGCCGACUUUACCGGGCGCAUGGCAACCGUGACGGGAUGGGGACGACUGACGUACGGCGGCGGUGUCCCCUCGGUUCUGCAGGAAGUUCAGGUGCCGGUCAUCGAGAACAGCGUCUGCCAGGAGAUGUUCCACAUGGCCGGACACAACAAGAAGAUCCUGCCGUCGUUCGUUUGCGCUGGCUACGCCAACGGCAAGCGAGACUCCUGCGAGGGUGACAGCGGUGGCCCGCUGGUACUGCAGCGUCCCGACGGCCGGUACGAGCUGGUCGGUACCGUGUCCCAUGGCAUCCGGUGUGCCGCACCCUACCUGCCCGGUGUCUACAUGCGCACGACCUUCUACAAACCCUGGCUGCGGAGCGUUACUGGCGUGAAAUAA